GACCUUUUUCACCUCUGUCGCGUCGUGACUCCCUUGUAUCUGCCGAAGUUUAGGAAAAUUCAAAUAUUCAAGUAAAAAAUGUCGGAGCAAAAGACUAUACCUAAUGUUUUGAAAUUCGUGUUUGGAGCUUCUGCAGGAAUGGGAGCGACUUGCUUCGUCCAACCGCUGGAUCUGGUAAAGAACCGAAUGCAGUUGAGCGGAGUUGGUGGAAAACCCAAAGAAUACAGAAGUACAUUACAUGCAAUACAAGUGAUAGUUCAAAGAGAAGGCGUUUUCGCUCUAUACAAUGGUUUAUCUGCUGGACUUUUAAGACAAUUAACAUACACAGGCACAAGGUUGGGAGUGUAUACCUACCUCUUCGACACCUUCAAAUCUGCCGACGGCACACCACCUGGUUUCCUUGGUAAAUUGCUGAUGGGAAUGGCUGCGGGAGUUUGCGGCGCUUUUGUUGGUACACCAGCAGAAGUAUCUCUUAUUCGUAUGACAGCAGAUGGACGUCUUCCAGUAGAAGAAAGAAGAAACUACAAAAACGUAGGCGAUGCAUUGGUAAGGAUAUACAGAGAGGAAGGUCUCGUUACCUUAUGGAGAGGAGCUAUACCUACCAUGGGUCGUGCUGUUGCUGUAAAUGCUGCUCAAUUGUCGACGUAUUCCCAAGCUAAACAACUUAUAGUAGAGUAUAUAGCUAUGAGAGAUGGAAUACCAUUACAUUUCGUGUCUUCCAUGAUAUCUGGUCUUGUCACCACUAUAGUUUCUAUGCCUUUGGACAUAGGCAAAACUAGGUUACAAAACAUGAAAACCGUUAAUGGAGUUCCAGAGUACACUGGACUGGUGGACGUACUUGGAAGAGUAGUAAGAAACGAAGGAUUAUUUGCUCUCUGGAAGGGCUUCCUUCCAUAUUAUCUACGACUUGGUCCACACACCGUUCUUACAUUUAUUUUCCUGGAACAAAUGAACGCCGCAUAUUAUAAGUAUGUCCUGGGGGAGAAAGGUCGUAGAGGAGGUUUGUAAACCAGCACAACUUUAUAUAAUUUACAUUUGACUUUGGAACAUCCCAAUGAAUAUAUGCCAAAAAGCAAUAUGACGGACGUAGUGGAGCGCAUAGUGUUUUUGUUGAUUAUUUUUAAUAAAAUGUAUGUCAUUGUGUAUAAUAUUAUAUUUUUAUUAUAAUUAUUUUUAUAC